AUUGUGCUUACACGUUCUUUUCCCGUUGCAGUACGCUAUUAAGAUAUUAAGCAAAAACCUGUGUUUUUUUUAGAUGGCAUGUACCGAGUGCAAUACAUGUAGAUGCCCUCGGAGGCAAGAACUGAUACACCAUUUGGAGUGUGUUCACCAACAGAGAAUGGAGUGCAAAGAAAUGACAUUUAAUUCUGUGGAAGUUCUUUCUGUGGAAGGAACAGAUGGAAGCUGAAGAGAAGGUUUCCUUCAUAAGACCAAGGGGAAAACAGAAAUGUGAUUAUUUUGUUUGCCACCGUUCUGGAUAUGCUGACAAAACAGCUUCAGGCAGAAGGUUAAGGGAACCUUCAAUCAAAAUUGGUGACACCUGCCCUGCCUGUUUGGUAGUCGAAAAUGUGUCAUCUAACAUGGUUAAUGUCAAGUUCUACAGGACACAGUCUCUCUGUGGGUAGCCUACAUCUGACCACAGCUGACAGGGCAAUGGUUGCUGAAUUAAUUGCACAAGGUGUUCCUGAUACUACAAUUUUGAAGAAAGUGAGAGAGAGCAUUCAAGUUGGACUCUUCAGAAGAGUUCAUCUUUUAAGCAAACAAGAUAUUAGAAAUAUUAGGAAAGAAUACAAGCUGGACGAUAGUAGUGCACACCAAGAUGAUGCAACCAGUGUUGAUCUUUGGGUGAGACAACAAGAGUGCCUAGGGAAAGAUUCCCCGGUGAUUUAUUACAAAGCCCAAGGCACUGAGGAUAAUGGAAACAAAUUAUCAGAAAGUGACUUUAUGAUAGCCCUUAUGACUGAGUAUCAGCAGAAAAUGGCAAAAAAAGUUUUGAUAGACAGCACACAUGGCACUAAUAGGUAUAAAUUUUAUCUGACCACACUGUUGACCGUGGAUGAAUUUGGUGCUGGAUGUCCAGUUUCUUAUUGCCUCAGUACACAUACUGACACAAGGUCCAUGCGAGUUUUCUUUGAGCAGAUUAAAAAAUGUCUUGGAAACAUCAAAACAAAGGUAUUCAUGUCUGAUGACUGACAGCUACUACAGUGCCUGGAGUGUAGUUAUGGGCCAUAGUGAACAUAGGUUGUUAUGUACCUGGCACGUUGAUCGGGCAUGGAGACGGAAUAUAUGUGCAAAAGUAAAUGGGAAUGCAAUGCUGAAGAGUACUGUAUACAAAGCUCUGAAAACUUUGCACUUACAGACAGAUAGAGAGAAAUUCUCAGAGCUGCUGGAUGGCUUUCUUACUUGGAGUGCAGAGGAGGAAGGAACUGAGGAGUUUGGCAAGUACUUUAAAGAUAGAUAUUCAUGGAAGGCACAUAUGUGGACAUACAGCUACAGAAUUGGACUUGGCCUUAAUACAAAUAUGUUCUUAGAAGCAAACCAUAAAACUCUUAAAUACUCAUACUUACUGAAGAAAAUAAAUAACAGAGUAGAUAAAUGUAUCCAAGCCCUAUUGCACAGAACGAGGGACUCACUUUUUCAAAGAUUAAUAAGGCUUUGUAAGGGGACACAGAGAACUACACGCAGUGCUGAAAUAAGUAAGAGUCACAGAAGAGGUUGUGGUAUCAAUAAGGAACUGAUACACUGCGUUGAAGAUGGCACAUGGGAUGUAAACACCCUUUCUGAUCGGCCCCCAUAUACUGUCACCUAUACAGAGAACUCUUGCACUGCAUGCCCAUUGUCCUG